UAACUGACCUGUUAGUGAAGCUGUCUGCCUGUAGCUCAGCAGCAUAUUGACUUUGCUAAUACUGAUUUUGGCAGUCACCCAUACAAACCCUCUCACUAUAGCAUAUCCUGCUAUACUUCAAAGCAAGGAGUGAAUUACCUUAAAUUGUAGGCGGUGAUUUUUGAAUUCAGAAAUUUGACAGGUUAUAGAAAAUUUGCCCAUUUUCAGGACAGAACGAGUUCCUAUGAAUUCUGAGUAGACAGACAGCUGGCAACAGAUUUAAAUGAGCAUUCCAGCUGAAGUCCAGGUAGGGAAGGAUCACUCGAAUUAUUAGGAAUAAAAAAAAUCUACACAAGAGUAAGACAUGAUGAAUGCCUCAUCCUCAGGGGAAGAACUGGCAGAAUAAUCUCAUCAUAGGAAACAAAGACAUAAGCCCCCACUUCCCAAAUUUAUCUUUCAUGGAAAUUUUCUUCCAUUAAAAACUUAAAUAAUUAAGCUCAAUUAUUUAAACAAAAGAAUAUUAAAUUGUACUCCUUGACAUCAGCAUUUACUAAGGCAUAGUACAAACAAACUUGUUCUCUUUAAGCAUUACACUUCUUCGAGCAGAACCUUCAUAACCACAGCAUUUAUACCCCUACAAAAUAAAACCAUUAUUAUAAUAUAGAUUCUUUAAUUCAGUCUAAAAAUCAGCAGGCAAAGUUAGAACAAUGUUUACUUUAUUUGAGAAGAAGUUUUGAGGUCUAAAACUAAUAAAGACAGUAUGUUACUCAAGACUGGACUCUAAGGUAAUUAAAAAAUAGAUCCCCAAGGCUCUAUUAGUUGUAGUUUAUAGGAGUCUCCUAUUCAAAAGUUCAUAUACAAGUCCAUGGAAACUAAAAGGAAUCAUUCAAUGAACUUUGCUUCUACAACAGAAAUUAACAAAAAGCACAAGAGUUUAUUUUCACUUCAAUCAUGUUCUUUAAUAUAUUGUUUGCUUCGUAAUGUUUUAUUUGGCUACUGGUGUUCAAAACAAGUUUUCACUAAAUAUUAUGGAAAAAUAUAAGCAAAGAGCAUUGAGGUAUAGUAUUUUAUCCCUAAUAUGAAUCCAAAUACCCAGUUUUUCUCUCCUAGUUUCUAAUAUGUCAUACAUUGGCUGAAGAAAAGGAAGAUCAGCAAGAUAGCUAUGGCGGCAAUAUAACUACCCAGGAAACAUUACUAUAAAGUACAGCAAAUUUAUAGGUCUAAUAGCUUAUUGUUUGUUUUUCAAGGGUGAUUAACUUUACAACUUUCUUGAUAAUUUUACAAAGUAACCCACGUGGGACCCUACUAAUCCAACUCCUAUAGCUAGCAUGCCUUAUUUUUUCCCCUGUCUAGAUAGCAGUUUUGCCAUCUUAACUUGGCCUUUGAUAUUCUUUGGUCAGACAUUGCCUUAUGCCGAGUUAUUCUUGAGUUAGUCUAGACUCCUCUAUUCUGCAGCCCCACAAGAAAGACUAGAACCAGCCCACAACAACAUGGCAUUGAGGAAUUGACUCUGAAGUGCCAACAGGAUGAAGGGCAGCAAAAUCUUCCUUCAGGCUAACAGAAGGACAGUGAGGAGCACUCAGGGAGACUUCAAUAGGCAGAUCUGGCCAUUGCUUUACGUUAGUUAUAAGAGCAGAAUUUCUACCUAAAUUCAAUAUAAGGUAUCAGACCCUUUACAUUCAAGCAUAAGGAACAGUAAAACACUCUCUCUCCCAAUAUCAAAACAGUCUAAGUAGAAGCAUUGUUCAAUAUGCUACUUCACAAGUGAAUGCAAGUUCAAGGGCCUUAUCCAAAGCUUUGUGGCAUGGUGAGUUUCUGUACAAAGCAGCACAGAACAGCAGAGGUAGAGUUAAACAAGUUCACGCAGAUGACGGAAAGCCUACUUACCAACAGCAGAGUUGUGCAAGGGAUAAUUUAUCCCAUCUUUCAAAAAGCAUCAUCAAUUAUCACAAUGACCUCCUGUAGCAAGACUCAGCUAAACAGGUUGCAGUACCACAAAAAAAGAUUUAAAAUAGGGAGAAUUCUUAGCAAUGCUGUGUCAUACAGAGUCUGCAAUGUAGGAAUCACAGAGACUACUGUCCCUGACAGCACUGCAGAGAGCUUCAGACUCCUUUCCUCUUUGAUGCUUCGGUUUCUCGAGUAGUCCAUGACUGAGGAUUCAGCAGGCAGUUUUUCCAAAACUUUAAUGGAGAGAGACGCUACUAAUCUUGUACGAGUGCCCCUUGUUUCAACAGGCAAGAUGAUCAGGAAAGCAAGGAAACACAACCGGACAUUUUUCCCUGGUUUGGUAGCAAUCAAUACAUUCAUACACACCAUCGAGAGAACACAGCCAGCUCAAAGCAAUUUUCUCAAAUACCCUGCUGCAGGAAGCUUCGCAAAAAUGAAGAUAGUCUCGGCGCUGCUUCUGCUGAGCUCCCUCCUGGGCACCCCUGCAGUGCCCUCCCAGCGCCCCUCUUGUUACAAGAGGGCCCUCAAUGACCACAGCUGUCACAACAUCCCUGAAGGCACAGAGAACCUUCGACAAAUUGAUGAUGGUCUGCAAGAUCACUUUUGGGAAGGGAAGGGCUGCAAGGUGAUCUGUUACUGCAACUUGAAUGAAUUGCUCUGCUGCCCAAAGGAUAUUUUCUUCGGACCAAAGAUAUCUUUUGUGAUCCCCUGCAACAAUCAGUAACGGACAUCAAGUCAGCCAGUGAAGACAACAAACAUCAUUCUACAGUCAUGUAAUAAUCUUUUCAAGGGGAAAAGCCAACACAAAAACUUCCUUUCUAACCACAAGGCAGUGCCUCUUUUUACCCUGUAGAAAAAUUUCCUUUCUAUACCUUUCUGGAAUCUCAAAUAUGCAAGAAGUUCUUUCACAUUUGGUAGCUGAUCUACUUUUGACAAUGCUGUAAAGACUUCAGAAGCUCUAAUGGAUCUGCCAGAAAAGCCUAACUUGUUACUCAGCUCAACAUUUUCAGCUAGUUUGAAUGAAGAAACUUCAAGUUUAAGCCUUCAUAUCAUUAUGAAUGUGACUCAAAUACCAAAAUACAGCAGUGCAGCUUCCUAUUGCUUGAAUACCAUCACACAGUUAACGUUGUUUUAAGCUGAAGCUACUCAGUCCUCGGCACUUCUGCAAACUCCCACAUUCGAUUUAGGCAUCUUAACAUACAUGGAAGGCACACUUUCACCAUUUGUAUUUGAAAUUCCACUGGGAAAAAAGGUCAAAACUCCUAUUAAUAGUACUAAAGCACACUUAGGUCUUAAUUUUGUCUAAAUGGUCAACUGUGUUAACAAUGCAAUUCAUAAAACCUUAAAUUGCUUAAUCUUAACAAUGAAAAUUUAAAAUACUAGAAUAGUUACAACAGUAUAUUUAUAUUUAGAAAGACAUCUAAAGAGGAUAGGAGUGAUGGAAUACCUCUUAUGGCAACAAAAAAAAUCUUUACUUCAGCAGUUUUAUAAUCAAGCCUCGUUUGAAACACAGUAUCCCAGAAUUUAGUUAGAAUACUGACUUUUUAGGCUAGCCUGGUAAGGAAACAGCUAGGGAAGUGACUACAAAGGGGUAUCUCAAAAUAUUAGAAGUAAUUAUCUUAAUGUUUAAGAGGUAUCAUUACUUAAGCUGUAGAUAUACAGCUGCCUCCUAAAACCUGCCCAAAUCAAUUGCAAUGUAAGAGAAAAGCUGCCAAAAAAUUACAUCCCUUUGAAAGUUUAAGGAAAGCCACCUGAACAAGCCAGGCUUACAGGCAGUAAGCCUGACUUAUUGCCUUACACAUAAGAACUCUUUAGUUAUCAAGUCAGGCACAUGGAAGGUAUAUAGUACUGAAGUUAACUAUUUAGUCUUCCACUCAAAAACCGUACUGUUAACCUAAUUAUCUUACACCAUUAUACCAUGAAAACUGCUACCACCACAUUACCAGACUUACUUCAUAAGCAGUAUGAAAUAUCAUGAUGACCUUCUUUGUCUGUUAGCAAACGAGGGUUGGCUAGUGUGGGAGGGGGGUGAUUAUACACAGCUAAUAAUAAAUAUUUCAAGUAAAUCCGUGUGUACUAUUUUUGUCAAGUAAUUCUUAGGCUACUGACUGUUAAAACAAACAGUUUGCUCCACCAGGCUUUUUUAGUCUAGUUUGUGUAAUUAUUCCUGAGUCAUUUGGGCUUCCUACCAAAUCAUCAAUUAAGGAUAAAAAAAACCCUUCAUAAAUCUGGUAACACACAGUCAAAAUAUCCAAAGUCAGCGCUCUGCUAGGAAAACAUAUGGUAUCCGCUCUUGUGCAAAAUCCUCUAUAAGCUUCUAGCAGUAAUAAGGGCAUGUAACUUCUGUGGGUAGUGCCAUCUAGUUUCUAUGUGAACCGUGUUGCAUAUGCCUGGCAUUCACAGCUUUCCAAAGCAGCAGUAGCAAAAAAAAUUAAGGCAGAUGCAAUAUCUGGGUAGUAAAGUUAAUAGAUAUUUUCUGUUAUUUCCUUCUCACCACUCUGAGCUAAGGAAAAUUCAUAAUCUGCUGGAGAAAAAAUUUGCUGCUUUGCACAUACAGCAGGAUAAGGUCACUUAGCCUACUACUUCAAUACUGACCGCACGCUCAAGCUUGCUUUUGUUUCUCUCCACACUCUUCGUCCCUCCCAAAGUUUCUUCUACAGGUCCUGUCAGGUCUAGGUGAGAAUAUCCACUCCUUCCAGGCACUCAAGGGAAAAAAAACCUUUCUUCUUGAGGUGUCUUAUCCACGGCCCGGUUCCCUGGCUGCACUUGCUUUGAAGAUGACAAGCUGAAUUUGUAGAAAGGAUAUUUAGCAGAUUCCCUUACAGUCAAAUGAAGUGAAAUAGGCACUAAAACAUAUUUUCAAAGAAAUACCAAUUUUAGCUGCCAGUAGCAGAUAUGACUAACCAUCUUGAACUUAGGCCAACACCACAGAACUUUAUUGUGGAAAUUCGUAAGACACUGCAAGUGAAAGAAAUCAGCCCACUGAGAGCUACUGGGAAGGCAGCCAGUUUGAGGUUAGGGUUUAUCAUCAUUCAGUUCUAUGCAAGUGUCAUGGCAAUCCACAGUUUCAAUACAGGCUGGGGAACAACAUGAUUGAGAGCAGCCCUGGAGAGAAGGACUUGGGGGUGCUGGUGGAUGAGAAGCUCAAAAUGAGCCAGCAACUUGCAUUUGCAGCCCAGAAAGCCAACCAUACCCUGGGCUGCAUCAAAAAGAAGUGUGGCCAGGAGGUUGAGGUGAUUCUCUUCCUCUCCUCCACUCUCACAGGACUCCACUUGGAGUACUGCAUCCAGCUCUGGAAUUCUCAACAUAAGGAUACAGAACUACUAGAAAAGGCCCAGAGGAGGGCCACAAAGAUGACCAGAGGGCUGAAACACCUCCCAUAUAAGAACAGACUGAGAGUUGGGAUUGUUCAGCGUGGAGAAGGAUCAAGGGACACCUUACAGAGACCUUCCAGUACCUGAUGGGGGCCUACAAAAAAAAAAUAGGGAGGGACUUUAUACAAGGGCAUGUAGUAUUAGGAUGAGGGGGAACGCUUUUAAGUUGGAAGGAGGAAGAGUUAGAUUAGACAUUAGGAAGAAACUCUUCAUGACGAUGGUGGUGAGACACUGGAAUAGGUUGCUCAGGGAAAUUAUGGAUGUCCCCUCCCUGGAAAUAUUCAAGGCCUGGUUGAACGGGGCCUUGGGCAGCCUGAUCCAGUGGAAGGUGUCUCUGCCCACGGCAGGGGGGGUUGGAACUAAAUCAUCUUUAAGGUCCCUUCCAACCCAAACCUUUCUAUGAUUAGAGGUCAAAAAAGCAAAGAGGAGCAUCUUGGUUGCAGUGAUACGAGCAAAGCAGUAGUUUUCAAAAAACAGUGAGGAAUUUAGACCAUAGAAAUACUGCUUUCUCAUUUUCCCCAAAUUAAGAAAAAGCCUUUAAACAUCUGGCAAGGUUAAGGGUUGCAAAAAAUGCUAACUGAACAAGCUGAAGCCAUGUCCUCUCUGCUUUAAGAUGAAAAAUCUUUUCCCCUUACCUUUUCUUUGGUGUAUGCGCACAACUUGAAGCAGAAAGAAGUUGCAUUCCAUAUACCACACAUUUAAACUGCCACAACAGUGGACUACACAAGAAGCCAUUCGCAGUAUUAUCUUCAACAGACUUUAAGAUACUCGAUUAAAAGCAAAAGCACUGGUUGAUAUUUUUUUUUUCCAAGUUACCAUAAGCUUUGGUUCCAUUUUGGUGUUUUGUUGUUGCGGUUGGUUAUUUGUUUAACAGGCCUGAGCUAAUGCAUGCAAUGAAAUAGAAAUUGUAUGUCUACUGGAAUAUACCAUACUGACCCAGUACAGACUCCACAUCAGUCUUCAAUUAAGUUCUUAGCUACAGUCUAUGCAGACAAAUGGAAAAGACAGCAGCUAA